GCCGGGCUGGGCCGGGCUGGGCUCGGCGGCUUUUGACUCCACAGAGGGCCCGAGGCGGAGAGGAGGAGGAGGUGACCGGCGGAUGCGAAUGCUUUAUCCCUGCGCUGGAGGGGUGAGGCGCCCGCAGCUCAUGGUUGACAGCCCAGAAAGAGAAAAGUUUGAGGGAAGAUGGAUGCAAAAGCUCGAAAUUGUUUGCUUCAAUAUAGAGAAGCUCUGGAAAAGGACAUCAAAACAUCCUAUAUCAUGGAUCACAUGAUUAGUGAUGGAGUUUUAACAAUAUCAGAGGAGGAAAAAGUGAAAAAUGAGCCAACUAAACAUCAACGAGCAGCUAUUCUCAUUAAAAUGAUACUUAAAAAAGAUAACCGGGCCUACAUAUCGUUCUACAAUGCUCUAUUACACGAAGGAUAUAAAGACCUUGCUGCCCUUCUCCAUAGUGGCAUUCCUGUUAUUUCUUCUUCCAGUGGCAAAGACUCAGGUGGUGGAAUAACUUCAUAUGUUAGGACAGUGCUGUGUGAAGGUGGUGUACCACAGAGACCAGUCGUUUUUGUUACUAGGAAGAAGCUGGUGAAUGCAAUUCAACAAAAGCUCUUCAAAUUGAAUGGUGAACCAGGAUGGGUCACUAUAUAUGGAAUGGCAGGCUGUGGGAAGUCUGUGUUAGCUGCAGAAGCUGUUCGAGAUCAUUCUCUCUUAGAAGGUUGUUUCCCAGGGGGUGUGCAUUGGGUUUCAGUUGGAAAACAAGACAAAUCUGGGCUUCUAAUGAAACUGCAGAAUCUUUGUGCACGGCUGGAUCAGGAUGAGAGUUUCUCCCAGAGGCUUCCACUUAACAUUGAAGAAGCUAAAGAUCGUCUCCGCAUUCUGAUGCUGCGCAAACACCCAAGGUCUCUGUUGAUCUUGGAUGAUGUUUGGGAUCCUUGGGUAUUAAAAGCUUUUGAUAAUCAGUGUCAGAUUCUUCUAACAACCAGAGACAAGAGUGUUACAGAUUCAGUAAUGGGUCCUAAAUAUGAAGUCCCUGUGGAGAGUGGCCUAGGAAAAGAAAAAGGACUUGAAAUUUUAUCCCUGUUUGUUAAUAUGAAGAAAGCAGAUUUGCCAGAACAAGCUCAUAGUAUUAUAAAAGAAUGCAAAGGUUCUCCUCUCGUAGUGUCUUUAAUUGGUGCACUUUUACGUGAUUUUCCCAACCGCUGGGAGUACUACCUGAGGCAACUUCAGAAUAAGCAGUUUAAGAGAAUAAGGAAAUCUUCAUCUUAUGAUUAUGAAGCUCUGGAUGAAGCCAUGUCUAUAAGUGUUGAAAUGCUCAGAGAAAACAUCAAAGACUAUUACACAGAUCUUUCCAUCCUUCAGAAGGAUGUUAAGGUGCCUACAAAGGUGUUAUGUGUUCUCUGGGACAUGGAAACUGAAGACGUUGAAGACAUACUGCAGGAGUUUGUUAAUAAAUCUCUCUUGUUCUGUGAUCGGAAUGGAAAGUCAUUUUGUUAUUAUUUACAUGAUCUUCAAGUAGAUUUUCUUACAGAGAAGAAUCGCAGUCAGCUUCAGGAUCUACAUAAGAAGAUGGUCACUCAGUUUCAGAGGUAUUACCAGCCACACGCUCUGUCUCCAGAUCAGGAGGACGGCAUGUAUUGGUACAGUUUUCUGGCCUAUCACAUGGCCAGUGCCAAUAUGCACAAAGAACUUUGUGCUCUAAUGUUUUCCCUGGAUUGGAUUAAAGCAAAAACAGAACUUGUAGGUCCUGCUCAUCUGAUUCAUGAAUUUGUGGAAUACAGCCAUAUAUUGGAUGAAAAGGACUGUGCAGUCUGUGAGAAUUUUCAGGAGUUUUUAUCUUUAAAUGGACACCUUCUUGGACGACAACCAUUUCCUAAUAUUGUACAACUGGGUCUCUGUGAACCGGAAACUUCAGAAGUUUAUCAGCAAGCAAAGCUGCAGGCCAAGCAGGAGGUUGACAAUGGGAAGCUUUACCUGGAGUGGACAAACAAAAAAACCAUCAAGAACCUCUCCCGCUUGGUUGUCCGCCCCCAUACAGAUGCUGUUUACCAUGCGUGCUUUUCUGAGAAUGGUCAGAGAAUAGCUUCUUGUGGAGCUGAUAAAACCUUACAGGUGUUCAAAGCUGAAACAGGAGAGAAACUUCUAGAAAUCAAGGCUCACGAGGAUGAAGUGCUUUGUUGUGCAUUCUCUGCAGAUGACAGAUUUAUAGCAACCUGCUCAGUGGAUAAAAAAGUGAAGAUUUGGAAUUCUGUGACUGGGGAACUAGUACAUACCUAUGAAGAGCACUCAGAACAAGUCAAUUGCUGCCAUUUCACCAACAACAGUAAUCACCUUCUCUUAGCCACUGGGUCAAGUGACUUCUUCCUCAAACUCUGGGAUUUGAAUCAAAAGGAAUGUCGAAAUACUAUGUUUGGCCACACAAACUCAAUCAAUCACUGCAGAUUUUCACCAGACGAUGAGCUUCUGGCUAGCUGUUCAGCUGAUGGAACUUUAAAGCUUUGGGACGUAAGAUCAGCAAACGAGAGGAAAAGCAUUAAUGUGAAGCAGUUCUUCCAAAGUUCAGAAGACCCUCAAGAGGAUGUGGAAGUGAUAGUGAAAUGUUGUUCGUGGUCUGCUGAUGGUGCUAGGAUACUGGUGGCAGCAAAAACCAAAAUCUUUCUCUUUGACAUUCAUUCCAGUGGCCUAUUGGCAGAAAUCCACACGGGCCAUCACAGCACCAUCCAGUACUGUGAUUUUUCCCCUUGUAACCAUUUGGCAGUGGUGGCCCUGUCCCAGUAUUGUGUGGAGUUGUGGAAUAUAGACUCAUGCUUAAAGGUAGCUGAUUGCAGAGGACAUUUAAGUUGGAUUCACAGUGUGAUGUUUUCUCCUGAUGGAUCAUCGUUUUUGACAUCUUCUGAUGACCAGACAAUCAGGGUCUGGGAGACAAAGAAGGUAUGUAAGAACUCUGCUAUAGUGUUAAAGCAAGAAAUAGAUGUUGUGUUUCAAGAAAAUGAAGUGACAGUCCUUGCAGUUGACAAUAUAAGACGCCUACAAGUCAUUAAUGGAAAAACAGGUCAUAUUGAUUAUCUGACUGAAGCUCAAAUUAGCUGUUGUUGCUUAAGUCCACAUCUUCAGUACAUUGCAUAUGGAAAGGAAGAUGGAGCCAUUGAGAUUUUAGAACUUCUGAACAACAGAGUCUUUAAAUCAAAAAAUAGGCACAAGAAACCAGUGCGACACAUCCAGUUCACAACUGAUGGAAGGACUCUUAUUUCAAGUUCUGAUGAUUCUGCAAUUCAGGUCUGGAAUUGGCAGUCAGAGGAAUAUGUCUCUCUGCAAGCCCAUCAGGAAACAGUGAAAGACUUCAGGCUCCUAAAAAAUUCAAGAUUGCUUUCUUGGUCAUUUGAUGGAACAGUGAAGGUAUGGAGUGUUAUUACUGGAAGAAUAGAAAAAGACUUUGCCUGUCACCAGGGUACAGUACUUUCUUGUGAUAUUUCUUCUGAUGCUACCAAGUUUUCAUCUACUUCUGCUGAUAAGACUGCAAAGAUUUGGAGUUUCGAACACCUUUCCCCGCUCCACGAGUUGAAGGGCCACAACGGCUGCGUGCGCUGUUCUGCCUUCUCUGUGGACAGUACCCUGCUGGCGACUGGAGAUGACAAUGGAGAAAUCAGGAUAUGGAAUGUCUCAAACGGUGAGCUUCUUCAUUUGUGUGCUCCGAUUUCAGUAGAAGAAGGAGCUGCUACCCAUGGAGGCUGGGUGACUGACCUUUGCUUUUCUCCAGACAGCAAAAUGCUCAUCUCUGCUGGAGGAUAUCUUAAGUGGUGGAAUGCUGUCACCGGGGAAUCCUUACAGACCUUCUACACAAAUGGAACCAAUCUUAAGAAAAUACAUGUGUCCCCUGACUUCAGAACAUAUGUGACUGUUGAUAACCUUGGCAUUUUAUAUAUUCUACAGAUCUUAGAGUAAGGUGGUUAAGCAUUAAUGUAGUUGGACUCUUCUUAAUUUUGAAACUCUGUGUACCAACCUUUUACAAAGCUGUGAAUGGUUUUGCAGUAUUGAAUUCAUUAUAAAAGUGUUUAUGGUAGGAUGAAUAAUAUUAAUGUGGCUUUCCCAAAUGAACACAGCUUUAAUCUUGUUUUUCAGAAUCAUCAUCUUUAUUAACAAUUUGUCCUUAAGAUGCAAAUGAAAAUGUAAAUAUAAAUCCUAUUACACUGUUGGUAAAAUUCUCUCUUGAUGUGUUCAAAUCAGUUGACCAUAAUUGAUGUGAGUAUUUGAAGGAAAUCUGUAUUUUAAUAUUGUCAUUAUGCGUGCUGUGUCUCAAGGCAACAUUGCCCGUAUUUUGAAACAUAUGUACCCUAUCGGGUACAGUCCUCCCAAAUACAAUCUUGGAGCUUAUUUGCACUUCUCAAGUUUCCUUUAAGGAUAUUGUGUCUGUGCGUAGUCUGCCGUAUGUCUUUUAAUUAACUCAAUAAGUGAAUGUUGGAUUUCAACAGUUCUGUCUGUGAAGCAAAAUUACGUGUUAGAGAGUAGAUUUGUCAUUGUAGCUGAUAGAAGCCCUGUACGUAAGUGGACUUCAGUUGUCAGUACCUGAGCUGUCCUGCUCUGGCUUUUUACUUUUUACUUGACUUAACUUGAACUUUUUUAAUCUUCACUUUUUUAUUGGUAACUUUUUUUUGUUCCUUUACUGGGGAUUGAACUCAGCGCCUCUUGUUUGCAAGGCAAGCCCUCUCCCACUUGAGCCACAUCCUCAGUUCUUUUGCUUUUAGUUUGUUUUUGAGCUAGGGUCGUGCUAACUUUGCCCCAUCUGGUCUCAAGCUUCAAUCCUCCUAUCUCUGCCUCCCCAGGAGACGGAAUUACAGUCAUGCACUACCACAUCUGUCUUUAACAUUUUUCUUUUUAUGGAACAGUUGCUCUGUAGUUAGUAAUAGUUGCUCCAGAUGUCAAAAUCAGAAUAGUUGGGGAGGGGCCAAUUUUAAUCAUAAGUUUUAAUAAUACUUUUCUAAGAAAUGUGAUGUAGUAAAACAUAAUUUUCUUCUAAUUCCAUUUACUUUUAGGUAAAUGUCAUUGUUGGUGCUAUUCUUUUAGUGAAUUUCAAGAGAGUUUUCUAUGCAGUUCCACAGAGUCAUUGUGACUCUGGAGAUGUUAAUUUUCACCUUCCAAACAGCCUGUCUUCCUUCCCCUUCUCUCACUGCCUUCCUUUACUUUCCUCCCUCCU